UUACUUUUUCUUUAAAUGAGGACUCUGGUUUCUUUUGAAGAUCGCCGGCCCCGGGGCAGGCUCCCGACUCAGAGGGGAGACGUGUUUUGUUUUUUUUUUCCUCUGCGUAGUGGAAGAUCCUGGAGAGACCCAGUGCUGGGGCGUGGGGGAUGCGGUGGCUUGGGCGAGGCUCCUCCAACCCGGGGAAGCAGAGUCGGCGACGCCAGCGGGGACAGAGGGUCUCCGGGGAGUUGGAGGACUUUCUGCCCGCCCCGCCUCGGCUGGUUAGCUGCAGCUGCGGCAGCCGUUGUUGGAUGUCCCGUGACUGAGAAGGCGUCGUGGGACUCAGUGGUCCUGCCUCUGGAGAUGGAGCCCAAGAUGAGCAAACUCGCCUUCGCGUGCCAGCGGAGCUCCACGUCGGACGACGACUCGGGCUGUGCGCUGGAGGAGUACGCCUGGGUGCCUCCGGGCCUUAGGCCGGAACAGAUCCAGCUCUAUUUUGCUUGCUUACCAGAGGAAAAGGUUCCCUAUGUUAACAGCCCUGGAGAGAAACACCGGAUCAAACAGCUUUUGUACCAGUUGCCACCACAUGAUAAUGAGGUGCGGUAUUGCCAGACUUUGAGUGAAGAGGAGAAAAAAGAGCUGCAAGUAUUCAGUGCUCAGCGGAAGAAAGAGGCACUCGGAAGAGGAACGAUUAAACUUCUGUCCAGAGCCGUGAUGCAUGCUGUGUGCGAGCAGUGUGGGUUGAAGAUAAAUGGAGGUGAAAUUGCAGUGUUCGCCUCCCGAGCGGGCCCCGGAGUGUGCUGGCACCCAUCCUGUUUUGUCUGCUUCACGUGCAACGAGCUGCUGGUCGACCUCAUCUAUUUUUAUCAGGAUGGAAAAAUUCACUGUGGCAGGCACCACGCCGAACUGCUCAAACCCCGGUGUUCAGCAUGUGAUGAGAUAAUUUUUGCUGAUGAGUGCACAGAAGCCGAGGGUCGCCACUGGCACAUGAAACACUUCUGCUGCCUGGAGUGUGAGACGGUCCUAGGGGGACAGAGGUACAUCAUGAAGGAUGGCCGCCCGUUCUGCUGUGGCUGCUUCGAGUCCCUGUAUGCAGAGUACUGCGAGACCUGCGGGGAGCAUAUUGGGGUGGACCACGCGCAGAUGACCUACGACGGGCAGCACUGGCACGCCACGGAGGCCUGCUUUUCCUGCGCCCAGUGCAAAGCCUCUCUCUUGGGAUGUCCUUUCCUUCCCAAACAAGGGCAGAUUUACUGCUCGAAGACGUGCAGCCUCGGUGAAGACGUGCAUGCCUCGGAUUCUUCCGACUCUGCCUUCCAGUCGGCGCGAUCGAGAGACUCCAGAAGGAGCGUCCGGAUGGGCAAAAGCAGCCGGUCAGCAGAUCAGUGUCGACAGUCCCUCCUCUUAUCCCCUGCCCUGAACUACAAGUUUCCUGGCCUUUCCGGCAAUGCUGACGACACCCUUUCUCGGAAACUGGACGACCUGAGUCUUUCCAGGCAAGGAGCAGGUUUUGUCAAUGAGGAGUUCUGGAAAGGCAGAGUAGAGCACGAAACCCCAGAGGACCCCGAAGAAUGGGCUGAGCAUGAAGAUUAUAUGACCCAGCUCCUCCUCAAGUUUGGUGAUAAAAGCCUCUUUCAGCAGCAGCCCGGUGAGCUGGACAUGCGAGCUGGUGAGCACUGGUUAUCUGAUAACAUGGUUAAAAAUAAGACCGAGUUGAAGCAAAAUAACCAGAGCCUUGCAAGUAAAAAAUACCAAUCUGAUAUGUAUUGGGCACAGUCACAAGAUGGACUGGGUGAUUCUGCUUAUGGCAGCCACCCAGGCCCUGCAAGCAGUCGGAGGCUCCAGGAGCUGGAUCUGGACCACGGGGCUUCGGGAUACAAUCACGAUCAAACACAGUGGUAUGAAGAUUCCCUGGAGUGUCUGUCAGACUUGAAACCAGAGCAAAGUGUUCGCGAUUCAAUGGAUUCUUUGGCUUUGUCUAAUAUCACAGGGGCCUCAGUGGAUGGAGAAAGCAAACCAAGGCCAUCAUUAUAUUCUCUGCAAAACUUUGAGGAAAUGGAGGCAGAAGAUUGUGAGAAAAUGAGCAACAUGGGGACUCUGAACUCUUCCAUGCUGCACAGGAGCACAGAGUCCUUGAAGAGCCUCAGUUCGGAGCUGUGUCCAGAAAAAAUCCUGCCCGAGGAGAAACCAGUCCACCUGCCGGUGCUCAGAAGGUCCAAGUCUCAAUCCAGACCCCAGCAGGUCAAGUUUUCGGAUGACGUCAUCGACAACGGAAGCUACGAGAACAUCGAGGUCCGGCAGCCGCCCAUGAGCGAGAGGACCCGGCGGCGGGUGUACCACUUUGACGAGAGGGGCUCCAGGCCUCACCAUCAUCGCCGCCGGAGAAGCCGCAAGUCCCGCUCGGACAAUGCCCUGAACCUGGUGGCGGAGAGAAAAUACUCUCCCAGGGCCAGGCUGCGGCUUUACACCCCCGACAACUACGAGAAGUUCAUCCAGAGCAAGAGCGCGCGCGAGAUCCAGGCUUACAUCCGGGGCGCAGAGCUCUGCGGCCCCUACGCCCAUGCCACUUCCGACUACGCGCUGCAGCCCCCCGGGGGCCCCCGCUUCCUGGGGCUCUACGGGGAGGAGGACGACUCUUGGUGCUCCUCGUCCACCUCCUCCUCCUCCGACUCGGAAGAGGAGGGCUAUUUUCUCGGACAACCGAUUCCUCAACCCCGGCCGCAGAGAUACGCCUACUACACAGACGACCUUUCCAGUCCGACGUCGGCCCUCCCUGCGCCUCAGUUGGGUCAGAGGACAACCAAAUCCAAGAAGAAAAAGGGACACAAGGGCAAAAACUGCAUCAUUUCUUAACCGGGUCGCCGUGGAGCUCAUAUUUAAACUUCACCAUUUAACCAUCUUCAAUCAUAUCUUUUUUUUUUUUCUUCCAUAGGAAAGUUGCUAAAAUAGAUUAAAGUGCUUUGCCCAUGUACAUGAGACCCCGACUGCUGUUUACAGUGUCCGAUUAACAUUUGGCAGGUGUGAUGUCUCCGUUUGCCCUCCUUGGAUGGUGCCAGGUGGACGUGACCUCUUGUGCCGGUCCGGGGCAUCUCGGUUUGGUUUUUUUAUGCGGCUGCUUUGGUCUCCCGCCUGCAAGAGAGCCUCAGGAAGCUGUUGAGAAGGGGAUUGGAUGGGUGUGUUGAUUUUAGACAAUGGAGAACUCGAGCCACCUUUGUAAAGCAAUAGCGUCUUUCAGCUGCACCAGGUUGGCCCAGGUCCAGAAGGCCUGACCUGUUGUGCGGGCAUGCGCGUGGUCACAUGACCCAGCCAACGCCGUGCGAGCGUCCCAUCUGCGAGGCCACCGGGUCCCCUUUCAACCCUCAUUAGCCAGGUAAACAUUAUAUUGUAUUAGCUCCAGCUACAGAUGGGGAAAAAAAAAAAUACCGCUAUUUAUAAUGUAGUAUUUCAUAGACUUAAGUGUAUUCCUAAUUUAACGGUGCAAAUAUUAAUGUACAUACUGUACAGUUCAGAUUUUAAAGCUCAUAUUUUUAUACCCCGGAAAUGUAAGAUGUUUGUUACAUUGCAGUGCUAGGUUUGCUAGGGAGCCAGGAACAGCAUUUAUGGAUGAAAUGGUUGCUUGUAUUUUAGUCAGGGUUUAUAAGUUUAGAUGGUCAGAUUUAUAUUGCCUAGUGAUGGGAAGUUCAACUUUUUUGAUUUUUUUUCAAUAUUAAAAAGGCUCUGUAUGCAUGGUGGGGCUAUGUAAAUACUCUUUAAAACUAUGGCCCUAGUAAUCUUACAAGUGUUAUUUAUGGGUCAAGCAAUGUAAACUGUAUAAAUGUAAAAAUAAACAAAAAAAUCCCCACACAUAACCCCGGGAAUAUAUGGUAAAAACAAGUAGAAGCUGUUCGGGUGAGUAUUUUUUUCCCCUUGGGGAUGGCAGAGGGUGUCAUUCCCAUUUUCAGCAAGCUGGUGAUGAAUCUCAUGGGAAGAGACCAAAAAACUACAAGGACCUGCUUUCUGUGGCAGAGGAUUUUGUAGAUUUAUUCCUUUUCAUCCCUCCAUUCCAGCUACUUUGUUGGCUUUUAACAGCAAUCUUGAAAACUGGGCUUUCUGGUUAUGUUUUUCUUUGAAAGUCUUUAAAUUAGAGGGUGCUGUGCCCCUGGUCACUGCAAGUUAAUAUGGGGUUCUGUUUCAAGGGGAAAUUACGUCGGCUUUGAACUGAUGCGCUAAUACUUUGAUAUGUGCCAUUCUUGCACAUACGUUUCAAUCCUAACUCAGUGUCCUAGUGGUAUCUCAGACCUUUGGGAAGAUAUUUAAUAAACGCUUAAUAAAUAA